AUCUAACAUAUCUACUCCCCACGCCACCAACAUCCCAAAUCUGGGCUCUGGCCCCAUUUCGCCACUGGAUCUCACUUCCCUCCACCCCCUACCCACGGACUCUACAAUAUAAAUGUAUACAUACAUAUAUAGUUCCGAAUCGACAUAUACAUAUAGAACUAUACCUAUACACUUGCAGAAUCCAUUUUUGAAUGAGAAGUCUGUAAAUUAUAAAGUUUGGAUUUUAUUAUUUUAAUUGAUGACUUCCGCCGGCAAUCAGAACCCACCAGGCGGAGGUCCGUUUGAUAUGCUCAAAUUAUUCAAACCUUCCACUCCCCCGCCUCCCAAUUCGACUACUACUGCAAACCCUAAUCCCCAAAACCCCCAUAAUAAUAUUAAUACUAGCACUAGUAACUCCAUUUUGAUUUCUUCCCCUUUUACACCCCCUUCAGCCUCUUAUCCUCCGCCUACUGGCGGCGUUUCUGGCGCUGGGACAUACUCAUACCCACCUCAGAAUUCCCCCUGGCAAUAUUUCAGUCAUCCCCCUAUGUAUAGUACUCCUAGUCCUACACCACCACACCCGGACUCUGCUAAUAUGCACCCCCAGAGGUCUUUGUCUUAUCUCACACCCACGUUUCAAGCGCAAGUUCAACCUCCUAAUAGUUCCCACAACCAAAAUUUCCAAGACCCCACAAAUUCUCAGAACUCUAACAAUCACGGACCGAGACUGAUGGCCUUAUUGAGUGCUCCGCCUUCCACCCUCGAUGUCCCGCAGCAGACCCUCAUGCCAAUGCCCCAAAUCCAUCCAACUUCCUCUGCAGGCUCUGAUUUUUCAGUCCCCCAGAAUGCGCCUAAUCUUGGGAUUCCGCACCAGGGUGCCAUGAUGCGGAUGCCAAGCAGCAAGCUCCCUAAGGGGCGGCAUUUGAUCGGGGAUCAUCUGGUCUACGAUAUAGAUGUGAGGUUGCCCGGGGAGGUGCAGCCUCAACUUGAGGUUACUCCCAUUACAAAGUAUGGGUCUGAUCCAGGUCUCGUUGUGGGCAGGCAGAUUGCGGUUAACAAGAGUUAUAUAUGUUAUGGGCUUAAGUUGGGAGCUAUCCGUGUGCUUAAUAUUAAUACUGCUUUGAGAUCAUUGCUUAAGGGUCUAUCUAAGAGGGUUACAGACAUGGCUUUCUUUGCCGAGGAUGUCCACCUUUUGGCUAGUGCAAGUGUUGAUGGCCGGGUUUAUGUGUGGAAAAUUACCGAAGGUCCAGAUGAAGAAGACAAGCCUCAAAUUACUGGAAAUGUUGCUAUUGCCAUCCAAAUUACUGGAGAAUGGGAAUCUGUUCAUCCAAGAGUUUGUUGGCAUUGUCAUAAACAAGAAGUUCUUGUGGUGGGAAUUGGCAGGCAUGUUUUGAAGAUUGACACAACAAAAGUUGGAAAAGGGGAAGUGUUUUCAGCAGAAGAACCCCACAAAUGUCCCAUUGACAAGUUAAUUCAUGGGAUUCAGCUAGUUGGUAGCCAUGAUGGAGAGGUGACUGAUUUGUCCAUGUCACAGUGGAUGACUACCCGUUUGGUAUCUGCUUCUCUAGAUGGCACGAUAAAGAUUUGGGAAGAUCGCAAAUCGCUACCAAUUGCAGUUCUCCGGCCACAUGACAGCCAACCCGUUAAUUCAGUCACAUUUUUGGCUGCUCCGAAUCGUCCAGAUCACAUUGUACUUAUUACUGGGGGUCCAUUGAAUCGGGAACUGAAGAUAUGGGCAUCAGCAAGUGAAGAAGGGUGGUUACUUCCUAGUGAGGUUGAAUCAUGGUGCUGUACUCAGACAUUGGAAUUGAAGAGUUCGGCAGAGGCUCAAGUGGAAGAAGCUUUCUUUAAUCAGGUUGUAGCUUUGUCGCAUGCUGGACUUCUUUUGCUGGCAAAUGCCAAAAGAAAUGCUAUAUAUGCUGUGCACUUAGAAUGUGGUCUUAAUCCAGCAUCAACACACAUGGAUUGCAUAGCUGAAUUCACUGUCACAAUGCCAAUACUGAGUUUUACAGGGACGAGUGAAUUACUACCUCAUGGUGAACAGAUUGUUCAGGUGUAUUGUGUCCAGACUCAGGCCAUUCAACAGUAUGCUUUGGCCUUGUCACAAUGCCUGCCACCGCCAAUGGAUAAUGUAGUGUUUGAGAAGUUGGACUCUAGAAUCUCGCACGAUGCUGCUACUAUAGAAGGACUUACCAAUUCAGGGCCUUCUGGUAGUAAAUCUACUGAAACACAUUUGUCUAGUUCAACAACUAAACUAUCUGAACAUGAAAGCGGCUCAGAGAGUGUAUCUUCAUCGAGAUACCCCAUCAAUGCUGCUUCUGCUGAAUCACCCACCGUUCAAGAGUUCUCUACUUCGAGUAUGGAAACCAAACCAGUUCCUUUAUCUGUAGUGACUUGUAGACCUAGUGCUGCUUCUGUUGCUUCUCCUCCACCUCCCUUGAGCCCCAAGUUGUCCAGGGAACUUUCUGGUUUUAGAAGUCCAUCAAGCUGCUUUGAGCCUGUUCCGGCAGUGAAUGAUCAUGAUGCAGAUCCUAAAGUCAUGGAAUAUUCAGUUGAUAGGCAAAUGGAUGCUGUUCAUGCAAAAUCGUCUGUUGCUACUUUAAUGGACGGUGAUUCAAUAAGUGAUGAAAAUAAACUUUCUCAAGAUGAUAUUUCCACAUCUCCCGACCAUUGGAGUAAGUUUAAGCACCCAACUCAUCUGGUAACUCCUGCUGAGAUAUUGAUGGCCAGUUCUUCAGAAGUGAACCGUGUUAAUGAGCCCAAAAGAGACCCUGAACUAAAUAUUCAGGAUGUAACAAUUAGCAAUGAUAAAAAAAUUGUGGAGGUGGAGGUCAAGGUUGUAGGUGAUGGUCAAAAUAAUGAUAUUGGUUUGGAGGAACGUCACAAUUUUGGUUUGGAGAACAAGGAAAAAUCCUUUUAUUCUCAAGCAUCUGAUCUAGGAAUUGACAUUAUUCGAGAAUGUCAAACGUUGCCUGAUGCUAUAGUAGAGGAAACUAGGCAGUUAGAUGGGAUUGGUGGAAGUGAGUUGGUGACCCAACAUUCAACUCUAGAUGAAGAAGUCCAAGACUCUACAAAGGAAUUAUCUAGGAAGGUUAUCGAUUCGUCAAUACCAAUGCCUGUUCAGCAACCACCUGCACCAACUACAAAAGUCAAAAGACAUAAGGGAAAAAGUGCUCAAGGAACACGUCCGUCUUCACCUUCACCUAGUGCUUUCAAUUCUACAGAUUCUUCCAAUGAGCGAGGCAUCAGUUUAAGUAAUGCUUCUGUAGAAACUGCAUUUGCACAAAUUUUAUCCAUGCAAGAGAUGCUUAACCAGCUUGUAGCUACACAAAAAGAGAUGCAGAAGCAGAUGACAGGGAUGGUUGCUGCCCCAGUUACCAAAGAAGGCAGAAGACUUGAGUCAGCACUGGGUCGGAGGAUGGAGAAAGCUGUUGAGGCCAAUGCUGAUGCUCUAUGGGCUCAAUUUCAGGAAGAGAUUGCAAAACAGGAAAAGGCUUCAUGGGAUAGUACACAGCAACUGACAAAUAUGAUAAAUAAUUGCUUAAACAAGGACUUAUCAUCAGUUGUAGAGAAAAUUGUCAAGAAAGAACUUACUGCAGUUGGACAAACUGUAGCACGCACAAUUAUACCCUCCCUUGAGAAAACAGUAUCCACAUCAAUCACUGAAGCCUUCCAGAAAGGAGUAAGUGAUAAAGCUGUGAAUCAACUGGAGAAAUCAGUCAGCUCUAAACUUGAAGCCACAGUUGCCAGGCAAAUCCAAACACAAUUUCAAACUUCAGGCAAGCAAGCACUUCAGGAAACAUUGAAAUCCAGUUUGGAAGCUACUGUUGUACCUGCCUUUGAGAUGUCUUGCAAGGCUUUGUUUGAGCAAGUUGAUGCUGAAUUUCAGAAAGGAGUAAUUGAACAUACAGCUGCAGCUCAGCAACAUUUUGAGUCUUCACAUUCACCAUUGGCAAUUGCCCUGAGGGAUGCUAUUAGUUCUGCAUCGGCCGUGAAUACUCUUAGCAAUGAGUUACUUGAUGGUCAAAGAAAGUUGUUAGCACUUGCUGUUACCUGCACAAAUCCCAAAGCACCAAAUCCAUUGGUUAGCCAACGCAAUAAUGGUCCCUUGGGCAGUCUCCAUGAGAAGCUUGAGGUACCUCUCGAUCCAACAAAAGAACUUUCUAGAUUGAUCUCUGAGCGUAAAUACGAGGACGCUUUCACUGCAGCCCUGCAAAGGAGUGAUCUUUCUAUUGUAUCAUGGUUAUGCUCUCAGGUCGAUUUACCAGGAAUUUUAUCGAUAACCCCCCUCCCUUUGAGUCAAGGUGUUCUCCUUUCUCUUCUACAACAAUUGUCUUGCGAUAUUAGCAAAGAGACACCUCGGAAGCUUACAUGGAUGCAGGAGAUUCUAUCUGCCAUAAAUCCUACUGACCCAAUGAUUGUGGUGCACAUCCGUCCCAUAUUCGAGCAAGUAUAUCAAGUAUUGAAUCACCAUCGCAACCUUCCAACCACUAACGGCUCUGAGCUUGCCAAGAUUCGCCUGAUCAUGCAUGUCAUAAACUCCAUGCUCAUCAUGACCACUAAAUGAUUACAAGGAAAAGCACCGUGGACUUCUGGAAAAUCAAAAUAUAUGUACAAAAUUAUAGAGAGAUUCAAGACAAAGGAACAAGGUGUAAAGCUGAACUUUCUUUUUCGAUUUCUUUUGUUUUUCCAUUUCUUGCUUGAAAUCUGUACAAGACCGAGUGGCCGUUGGGGUUUGUUUUUUCUGUCAGAAAUUUGGUUGGAUAAUGUGCAAUUUUUUACUGUAUAUAACUUUUCCUUUGCAAUUUUGUAUGAA